AUUACAAUACAGUAUACCGAAGAAGUUUCAUGAGCAAUUAAAUUAGUACUCCGUCUAUUUCGUAUGAAAUCUUUUUCUUCGUCAUUAAUAAUUGAAUCGAUGUCGUGAUAUCUAUGAGAAUGCUAAAAACUGUAGUUUACUUACGCUUUUAACCCCAAUAUCACACGAAAUUUGGAGAUAAAAUUUGAAUGGAAGAUUCACAUACCUUCAGUGUUUAAUAUCAAUCCGCACUACUGACCGGCAUUUUUGCUUCUGCGCAUGCGUGCCCGACGAUUUCUCGGCGAUUUGCAAGUAUGGCGGACGACGACAAGACUCCAUCAAAGAACUCCGAAAUACCAUCGUAUGGAAAUGUUAUAAUUACACUCGACAAUGUUCUUAUUCCUGACGCAAAACUUUCACAAACUCCUUCUGCCAACGAUGGACUUGAUAUGGAGACGGAGAUGGAUCUGAGAAUCCUUGGAUGUGAAUUCAUUCAGACGGCUGGUAUUCUUCUCAAACUUCCUCAGGUUGCAAUGGCCACUGGACAAGUACUAUUUCAAAGGUUCUACUACUCAAAGUCGAUGGUUAAGCAUAAUAUGGAGACAGUUGCCAUGGCUUGCAUCAACCUAGCUUCAAAGAUAGAAGAGGCACCGAGGAGGCUGAGAGAUGUUAUCAAUGUGUUCCAUCAUAUACGACAGAAAAGGAACAAAAAAGCCGCUGAACCCAUAAUAUCUGACCAAAAAUAUAUCAACCUGAAAAAUCAGGUAAUCAAGGCUGAACGAAGAUUACUAAAGGAGCUUGGCUUCUGUGUCCAUGUCAAGCAUCCGCACAAGAUGAUAGUGACGUACAUACAGGCCCUGGAGUGUGAGGAGAACACUCAACUUGUCCGUACAGCAUGGAACUACAUGAAUGACAGUCUUAGGACAGAUGUCUUUGUUCGCUACUCACCAGAGACGGUGGCCUGUGCUUGUAUAUCUCUGUCUGCGAGACAAAUAGGACUACCUCUACCAAGUAAUCCACCUUGGUACGGAUUAAUGGGAGCUAAAGAUACAGAUGUUGAAGAUAUCUCCCUCACCAUACUCCGAUUGUACACUAGGACAAUUAAAAGCUAUGAAUUCUUGGACAAGAAAGUAGAGCGAUGUCGUAUGAUCAUCCAGGAAGCUAAACUCAGGGCCAAAGGUCAACUGACGGAGUCUGGAGCCAACAGCCAGGCUGGGACCCCUAGCAGCUUCUCACCUCACACAUCAAGACCAAAUUCCCCUAAAGCGAACCACGAGUCUCCAGGUUUACCUAGGAUGUACAAGGUCAACUCCAAUUCUAUCAAGGAAGAACCUCACUCGGGAUCUGCAGGAAGCAACAAAAGCAGAGAAAAUGGUAAAGUGGACAAGCACAAGAGAAGCCCAUCAUCAUCUAUCUCUAGCAGAAGUCGUCGGUCUUCAAGUAGAGGUCGUAGAUCAGACAGCCGCGACUCGGUUGUGGAUAGGCAUUCGUCACGAGAUCGAAGUUCACGUAGCAGAAGCACCUCCCCUCGCAAUAAUCGCAAACGACAAUCCAGCAAGCGCAAGAGAGACGACCACAAACGCGGCCGACGAGACCGCUCCUCCAGUCCCAAACACCGACACGGCCACAAGCAGAAGCGAAGCCGGACACCACCACGUGGAUACGGCAGCCGCAGCAGAUCGAGGUCACGAAGUCGGUCGCGAGAGCGUCGACAUAAGCACCACUAUAGUCCAUACAAUGACUCUGCCAAAGAAUCUCACUCCCGUCAUAAAAGUAGGAGUAAACAUAGAAGGGAGCGAUCCAGAUCCCGCUCUAGAUCGCCGAUUGCACGUUCACGCAAAUCCAAAAGAGACUCUGGUCGAUCCCAUGCCAAUGACCAUAGGAGAAGAUGACGUCCGUUUAUUACUGUGCCUUAAAUAUGUUUUAUUAUAAGUGUUAAUCAAAUUUAUAAUGUGUACGUAAAAUGUAAACAGGAUUGUCUUUAUACUACAGUACCAGUUAUACUUAAUGUAAAGAUUUUAUAUGAAGAGAAAAAGGUAGCGUCAAUAUUACACGUUGACUUGUAAAUUGUCAAAUUGCUCAGGAGGAACUUACCGUUUGUGUGUUCAAAGGGUAUUGAAGACAAGUUUUUUUUAUAGAAUGGUAAUUGACAUGCAUGUGCUUAUAAGAAAGGAAUGCCAAAUGGUAAUUAAAAGGGGGUGCAGCUUUGAAGUGGAUCCUUGAUUCUUGAAAUAUGCUGCUGAGUCAUAAUUAAAGGAUUGUGCUUGUAUUAUUUUAUCACAAUCUUGACUUAUGUAGAAAAGCAUACUGGACUUUGCUGCUACUAUUGUAAAUAGAUGCAUUGUUUGUUUACUUCAUUUUUAGAUUCUCAGCAUUUAUUUAUUAUUUUAUAGACAAGAUAUCUUUGUGGAAAGUAAUACAAGUGCAUUAGAGAAUCAUUUAUGUGUAUUAUUGACCCCUCCCCCUUCCCUCAAUCCUUGAAUUGACUUUUCACAGGACUCCAUCAGAGUCAAUAGAUUUUACCCCCCUCCCAUGCAACUCUUUCUGAAUAUACAUGCUUUGUGCUUUAUUUCCCACAAUACCAGCUAAAUAGGUCAGGCCGACCAUCCAUGUGUAGUCAUGUAGAUGCUUUUUGUGUGAAGUGCUUGUGAAUCUUGGCAGAUUUAAUCAAUUUGUCCUCGUUUUUAUUGAUUCUACACACAGUUUUGAGGUGUUAUGUAAACAACAUUGCGCAGUCACUUUUAGAUGGUGUCUUUCAAAUUUGAUAUCACAAACAUUGCUAAAAAUUUAUUGAUAUCAAUACAAGAUGAGAACUUAGUCUUUUUCUUUCUUCCUACCUUCAUUUUUUGGCAGUUUAAAAUGACCCUGCUAGUUAUUGGUCAGCUAUAUUGAGGAAGCAAGGUAUUUUCCUGAUGUAUUUAUUGAUUCAUAUGAUGAUACUAUGCUAGCAUGAUAUGAUUUAUUUUUUGUGGGGGGGGGGGGGGUGGGCAAUUUCAAACCACAACCAUUUAACACACAUUUUAAAAGGGGACAGGUAUUUCUACAGGUACAUUUAUCUCAUUGCAAUAUACCACACUAGCAUAAAAUGUCUUCUUUUUUUUCCAAAGCAUAGAGAUCUGGUGAGAGUGUUCAUUUGAUGCUGAAAUGCUUGUUUCAAUUCUUGGGGAGAACAUUCCUUUUGUAUAAAUUUCCCGAAUGAGAGUUGUUCUAUUUGGUUUAUUUGGACAUUUCUUUGACUAUUUUGAUUGAUAUCAUAUUUUACCAAAUAGUAUACUUGUGUUCUUUUGUUAUUAGCAGUUUUGCUGUCUUGUCGUUAACACUACCUGUUAUAAAUAAAAUACUAAAAGAUUAGGUUCAGUUUGGGCAAGUUUCCGCUUUUAAUACUUUUUUUAACAUACUGUUGGCCAUAAAUGAUGUGAUAUUCUGAUAAUGGAUUUAAAAUUGAGCUGGAUAAUUUUGAUAAUAAAUUUAGAAAACUUCAAAGGCACUUCGCUUGGUGCAUCAUUAUAAAACAGCGACGAAUGACGUCCUUGCAAAAAUUAAUUGUUUUACUGGCCUGUUGGGUGCUUCAUAGAUGUUUGCAAGUUACAAGCGACUGGUAAUUUUCUUUUGAGCCAAAUCAACGCCAAUGAAAAUUUGGUGCACAAAGUUAUAAGAAAAGAUAAUCAGUCAUAAACUCGCUUGUAACUUACAAAUAGCUUUAUGAAAUGCCCGAGUACACUGCACCAAAUUUCUUUUCAUCCCAUAGUUAAACCUUGAAUCAAGAUUUUAUUUUAAAUGUAUGUAUUAUUGUAAUUUGUGAAGAUGUUAUCACAGUCCCCCUUCUUCCUUAACCUAGUGUAAGAUAUUUUAUGAAGAAGAAAUGGAAGAAAAAAAAUGGAAAAAGACUGUAAUGUGUCUUUGAAAGUCCAUUUGUAAUGUUUUUGACUUUGGAUGAAAUGUUUCUUUUAUAUUUGUUGAAGAUUAUAAAACUACCAUUGUUAUUGCCAAGCCGUUUGAAUGUAUUGAAUUUUCUUUUGUAAUAAAAUCCUCACUUAUCUUUGUGAAUGAUACAAAUUUA